CUUUUCAACCUAACAAUAACCACGUGAAGGCGGAUCUGCUACAUAUGUAACGUCAAAUUAUUUUUCAAUAAAAAUAGUUUAGCAAUAACAAAACACAACAAUCUAGUAGAGAAAACACACAACAAUGGCGCUACGAAUACAGUUUGAAAAUAAUGAUGAUAUUGGCGUCUUUACAAAGCUGACAAAUACAUAUUGCCUUGUUGCUAUUGGUGGCUCGGAAACAUUUUAUAGCGCCUAUGAAGCUGAGCUGACUGAGACCAUUCCGGUGGUUCAUGCCAACAUAGGUGGUUGCCGUAUAAUAGGACGUCUCACUGUGGGAAACCGCAAUGGACUACUAGUGCCCAAUUCUACUACGGACGAAGAGCUGCAGCAUUUGCGUAAUAGUUUGCCGGAUAAAAUAAAAAUACAACGUGUCGAGGAGCGCCUGUCGGCACUAGGAAAUGUAAUUGCCUGUAACGACUAUGUAGCCCUCGUUCAUCCUGAUUUAGAUAAGGAAACAGAGGAGAUUAUCGGCGAUGUCCUUAACGUCGAAGUGUUCCGUCAAACUGUAGCCGAUAACACUCUCGUGGGUUCCUAUACAGUACUUAGCAACCAAGGUGGGAUGGUUCAUCCAAAGACUUCUAUUCAGGAUCAAGAUGAACUGUCAUCACUUCUACAAGUUCCGCUGGUGGCGGGCACUGUUAAUCGUGGCAGCGAGGUUCUUGCUGCCGGAAUGGUGGUCAAUGAUUGGAUAUCAUUCGUAGGAAUGAAUACAACAGCUACUGAAAUAUCUGUUAUUGAGAGCGUAUUUAAGUUAAAUCAAGCACAGCCUUCAACGGUGGCAACAAAAUUACGUGCAACGCUCAUUGAGGACAUGUCAUAAGAUAGAUUGACAAUAAAAAAUUCUAGCGUAGCUUAUUGUACGAAUUUUUAACGCAUUCUAAAUUAGAAAUUACUGAAAUAUAUGGAAGUAGUACAUACAAA